GAAGGCGCGGCUUUGUUUUCGCUUUUUGUGGCGACGGUGAGCGCCGGUCCUCGGGCCUCUCCGGCCCCUCGGGGGACGCCCCAUCCAGGACCGGCCCGAGGCAUCUUCCACAGGUCGAAACAACUCUUCGGGAUCACGAUUCGGCGACGUUACUUCCAUUUCCCGUCAGCGCAGAUGAGGUGACGAAGAAGGGUCGAAAUUCCCCAGAGGGAUGAUUUUAAGGCGGCGAAGCUCGUUGUCUGAGGGGACUGCUGAUAUUUUAACCUGGGUGUACAUCAGCCUGGUGAUUGGUGGUUCAUCCAACUCGACCGAAACCCCAGCAUCCUGUUCGCCCUUCACAUUAAAGAUGGAAUCUCAGAACUUCCAUCACAACCUGACGUGGGGAUUAAACAACUGUCCUAUUACGCCCACUAGAUUCACGGUGCAAUAUACAGUCAUCAGUCAAGGCGACAAUUUCACCGAGGUCUCCGAGUGCACCCACACCCCGAGUUUCUACUGCGACCUGACCGACAGAUUCACAGACAUCGAGGAGAGCUACAUCACCCAAGUGUGGGGCUUCGCCGGGGACCGCGUCUUCACUGAAAAUCUGGAAUUCAUGCCGAUAAAGGACACAAUUCUAGGCCCGCCUGAGGUUCACAUCGCCGCUCUGGAGGAUCAGAUUAAUGUCACGGUGCACUUCCCGGAGGGUCUCCUGGAUGACCCCAAAAAGCAAAAAGCCCAAAUCCCCUCCAAACCGUGGACUCUUCGUGACUUCAGCGGGUUCUCCGGCACCAUUAAAGUGAUAUCAGUGAACCGUCCCAAAGAGUCUCAUUCGAUUAAAAUCGAGGACGUCCCUGAAGUCUUCAGCUCUGUCGUAGAAGGUUUGUUUCCGAACACCAAUUACUGCGUAACUGCUGAUAUACGUAUCCCCUUGAAUACAAAUUCCCAGCCGUCGGACUUAAAGUGCAUCUUCCUCGCCUCCACGGUGAAGUCAGAGUCCAUAAAAUCACAAAUAGCAGGAGGGACGUUUGUGUUUGCUUUUCUGUUGGUCGUCGGCCUCACCUGUCUCACGGCCCUGAAAAUCGGAGGCUACAUUUGCUUAAGAAGAAAGUGUCUCCCCAAAGUUUUGGACAUCUCGACCCUCCAGUUCUAUGUGUUCCAAGACCCUCUCCCCGAGAAAACGUUUCCGGUGGAAAUUAUCUGCUGGCUUGGGCGGAAUAGGCCCCCCAAGAGGAUGCCGAGCGGCAGUGACUCAAAUGCCAGCGACACUGAGGACGAGGAGAGGGAGAGCGGCAGUUACAUGGGCCACAUCCUUUCGCACAUCGCCACCGUGACCAGGCAGCCUCCCGAGCCCGAGGAGGACUCGGAACCCGGAGGGGACUCCGAGCAGGAGGAGGACUCCAGAUCCGAAGAGCCGGGCGGCCGGGAGGCCGGGUCCCUCGACCCCGGCUUACCCGCCGGGGCGGCCUCGCCCGAGAACACGGAGAGCCGGGUUUGGGAUCCGGUUCCCGAGAAGGACUGCUUCCCCAGCGGCCACUUGGGGAACAAAGGACACUUCAACAUCAAUUUGAGCUCGGUGUUCGUUAAGAUGGCCAGGGAGGAGGCGGUCGGGGUGAACCAGACCUCAUCGCCUCCUCUGGAGCACCCGGUUCAGAUCGAGCUGGAACCUCUCCUUCCCGCCGACUUGGGCGCGAACUCGUCGCCCCCCAGCCCCGGGUGGAACAUCUCGUCCGAAGAAGUGUCCUCCGAGGACGGCGACUCUUCGGAGGAAUACCUGGGCGACGGGUACAUAACGCGAUGACUCUCGGGCAGACGGACAAAUCCUCGGCACUGAGCGAUCCCGGUCUUCCCAGGGGUGGAGGAGUGAGGGGCGCGAGCGACGGGGCUAGAUUUCAGAACAGCCGUCCGGGGGUGGGAGAGGUAGAAGACGCACUUUGCAGCUCCAUGUCUAUUCCUGACGGGUCUCCCCCAUGCCCGCCACAGUAUUUUCCUAGUCUGGUUCACUCCCUCCCCGGAACCAGCUCUGCCCUCGUCCCCAAGACCACGCGUUGCCAAGGGGAGAGCGGAGACCUCUGACGGCAGUGAGCCAGAAUGCCACGGGACCCACAGCCCGGGACCAGGGGUCAAGGAAUACAACCCGGAGCUAGUCCGGAAGCAGUCGGCGGAACCGAAGUAGGACACGUCUAAGGGAAAGGACUUCCAGACAGGUGGAGUGGAGGCACUAAUGGUGGCCAGAAACAAAAUCCAGGCCGAGCUCCACGUGAGCCGAGGAGAUGGGUGAUAAUUAAGUCACCUCUUCUCUGAGAAAACUCCUUUCACCCCUGGUCCCCAGGGACAUUCUGAAGACGGUUCUCAGAUGGCUCUCCAAGUCGUAGGCUUGGAGGCGCCGAGGAGAUCGGAUGGGAAGACAGCUUACCUAGCUCUGAGGGCCCAGGGAUGGUUUAAUAAUAACUGUGGUAUUUGUUUAAGCGCUUACUAGGUGCCAGGCACUGUACUAAGCGCUAGGGUGAACACAA